AUGAAAGAAGAAGUCAAUUUCGACUACUAACUAACCCCAUAUAAAAUACAAGGUUUAACUAAGAAUAGCGGAUUUGUCGAAUUCGUUGAAGAUUCGAAAACAAUUAGAGAGAUACUAGAAAAGGAAAAAUCCAUUGAAAACUAUUUUAAGAAAAAAUGCCAAAAUAAUAUAGAAAAAGAAAAUUAAAUAAUUAGAAAAUAUAUGUGUUCUUGUGCAGGAUAUUGUGUAAUUACUUAUCUUUUGGGAAUUGGAGAUAGACAUUUAGACAAUUUAAUGGUUAGUUCAGAAGGUAAAAUGUUCCAUAUUGACUUCGGUUAUAUUUUAGGAAAUGAUUGUAAACUUUUUCCCUCUGAAAUUAAAAUAACUGAAGAUAUGAUUAAACCUUUUAGGUCAAAAAAUUAAAGAGGAGAAAAUAAUUAUAUUCUCUUUGUUUAAAAAUGUGUUAAUUUAUAUAAUUAUCUAAGAAAUAAUUCCUAAUAAUUUAUUAAUUUGUUACUUGUUUUUUAAGAUUCGGAUCUUUCCUUUGCUUAAUAAGAAUUUCAAAAAAGAAUAAAAGAACUUUUAUAGAAAUUUAAGCUUGAUCUCACAGAAUAGGAAGCUGCCAAACAUUUUUUUGGGGUUAUUAAUGAAAGUUUAAAUGCAAUAUGGCCUGCAGUUAACGAUUAUUUUCAUAAUUUAGCUAUAAAAUGGAAAAGUUGA